UGCGAAAAAGUAGUUUGCGGUGAGAUGUUUUAAAGUUUUGAUAUAAAUGGGAAGCUAUUAGCCGAUUAAUUUUACACUUAUAUCUAAAACCUUGGUCUGACUGAUGGAAAUAUUGGGAUGGGUUUGUUAAAUAUGACGAAAUCGAAAAUAAUUAUUUGUUUGCUAUUUGUAGUGUUCGUGACUACCGUAAAAUUGCAAGAAGUUAAUCUCUGGGAACAUUCAAAUUUUGAUGGACGCAUGGUGACCUUCAGACUGGACGGGGGACGAUGCCGGAACGUUCUGGACCUUGACUUUAACGACAAGACAUCCUCCGUAAGGACCAGUGCCUGUAUCCGCCUCUGGGAAGAUGCAGACUGCAAGGGGGACCGGUAUCAACUUGACAGAGCCGGGGCGGCUAAUUUAGGCGGAUUUAAUGACAAGUUGACCUCUGUGAGCGAUUGUAGACUUGGCGGUUAGGUGUCAGGUUGGGAGAUUUUUUGAAGGAUGACCGAUUUCCUUGGAGACGGCGGUAAAUAUUGAAAUUUUGGUUACAAUGUAGUUGCAGUGGGUAUGAGGAUUGCAUGAAUAAAAAAAAUUGCGUGAGAACAAAAAUUAUUUAUUGGUAACCAUAGUUUUUUAUUUGAACAUAAAAUUCGUAAGUAUUUAGUUUGAAAAAUAGCGUUUAAAGUUUUAUUAUUUUCCGAAAACAUAUUCUCAUGUUGUGAAGUUAAAUAUUAUGCGGUUUUAUGCAAAGCAGUCCAACAGGUUGAGAUAUACGUUUGUCUGAUUUUUAAAUAUAUACAGCGGUAAUGUCAGUUUGCGUUCAACACGAAUAUGGGUGGACGCAUGUUAAUCAAUUGAAAAACCUUUGUCUGCAAUUUUGAUAAUCCUGACAAGUAGAUACGUUUAUAAUUAUGCUAUGAAUGCGUUGAACCUGGAAAUUGAUAUUCUAAAAUUUGCUAAAACAAAUUUUUGGCAUGGAUUCAACCUCUUUUAUUUUAGGAAUAUAAAAAUUUGAACAGAAAUUGGUGGGAUUGUCGGUAAUCUAAAAUAUUCCUGGGUUUGAGCCGAAGUGAAUAUUAUGUUAGCAUUAAUAUGCGUCUUGUAUUUAUUCCAAUUUAUCGGAGAUAUGAGUUUAUUACAUAGAAAUAAAUAUAAAAUUUCAGAGUUCUCAAAGUUGUUUUCGUAUUUACUUCUCGACCAGGGCUGCCCAGAGUUUAAACGAUUACCAAAUAUUCUUUCUCAACUGGAAUUGAACUGAUUGAUUUAGUUACAGAAUUGAGGAGAUAUUGUCAACAUCUUCCUCAUAGUUUUUGAUCAAUUGGAACAAUGGGAUCUGAAAAAAUUAGACCGUUCCACCCCUUAAUGAGGACAAUGUUAGCAAUAGUUUUGGUGCUAGGGAGCGGAUUGCCGAUUACGAGGUGUGAUUAUUUCGAAGAUUUUUGGUCAAGUGAAGAAGUGACGACGACGACAGAAGCUGGAAGGACUUUACUCCGGUGGAGAGGAUCAAUGGUGCGUUUAAACAAAGAGUUGGACCUUCUUUUGAAGACUACUUCUCGACCUUCAUACUACUACUACCUUCCUCGAACUACAACUCAUCCCCCUGUCCGCAAGCCGUACAGGUUGACUUCUGAACGGCUCGGAACGAUAAGGUCCGACUUGCUGUAUCCAAUCCCAACUACAGAAGAAUUCUAUCUGAGCAGUGAUAGUUUUCUGGGGAAGCUAGACAAUAAUCGGAGAGAUUUGGUCCUCGGAAUAUUAAUUUUGGACUUGCCGUUUUUUGGAAAGAAAUACAAUCGGAUUUUUGAAGUGUCGCUUCAUGGCCAUGUAGCAUUGCGUCCUGGCAAAUAUUCAGCAACUCAUCCGUUCGUAUUUCCAAAUCCUGCAUAUCCAAAAGAAUUCGAUCCAUCGAUUAUUGCCCCGCUGUAUUCGGAAUUCAAAAUUAGAGCGGAGCCUUCAGAUGGGGAUAAGACAGCUGGCGUAUAUUUGCAGGUGGAAAGGCACUUAGGAAGUAGGACUGAUGAGAUAGGCGUGGAAUUGCGGGAGCGUUCAAAAUGGGACGUGCGGGAAGGCAUCGUAGGGGCAGAAUCGUUCCAACCGGAACAUGUGAUCGUGGCAACGUGGAGAAAUGUUUCUUUUUUUGCGGGAGAUUCCAAUUCAGGAAAUGAAACCACGGCGACAUUCCAAGCAGUGAUAGUGACGGAUGAAACGAGGACUUAUGUGAUCUACAAUUAUGAACAUAUCGGGACGACGCCACCUGAGACGAUGAACGGCGGGAAGAUAGCUUUUGUCGGAUUCAAUGCGGGAAAUGGAUCUGCGGCGUUCGAGUAUGCAAAAUCAGAGAACGUCCGGAACCUUUUGACCUCCGGGAAUGUUAAUGGGUUUCCGGGUCGUCAUAUUUUUAGGGUGGAUGAAGCCAUUUUGCCAGGCCAAUGUGCGGGAAAUGACUCCGACAAAGGAAGACUAAUUGUUGCCCCAGAGAGCGGGAAUAUGCUGGGGGGAACAAUUGUGAACGUGACAGGGCCGUGUUUCAACUCAUCGCGAGAGUAUUACUGCAGGUUCCAGAACACGAAAGUAAAAGCUGUCGUCAUAAAUGGGAACCGGGCAAGCUGUCUGAUGCCACAAAUUUUCGGUUCUGGCUAUAUCCAAAUUUCGGUUGGCGUGGAAGGGAACGGAACCGCCGGCGCGGAAUGGCUGGCAAAGUUUUUUGUGGAGUCGCCAACACGGUCGCCUGAGUUGGUGCGGUUUCCCAAUAUUGAUAUCAGAAAGAGGAAACUGUCCACCAUUUCUUGGGACUAUAAGAACCUGACUGUAAAUAGGGAUACGCUGGUAACCUUGGAAGUCUGGGAAUACAGGGAAAAUUUGAAUUUUAGCGGGUCUUCUAUUGUUUUGGUAGGCACGUUAGCGGAGGCGAUUCCGAACAGUGGCAGACACGAAAUAGGGAACAGUUCGAAAUUAGAGAAAUUGGGAGAAGAACUAUUUGAUAGUAACAGAGUAGCCUUGGUAUCGGUUAGAUUUGCAAAUGUGUCUGCAGGAGAAUUAAAUCCGAUUUUAUGGAGUCGUCCCGUCCCGUUGGUUCUAUUUUAUGUAAAUACGGGAAUUAAUGAUGCAACGUGCCAAGAAUGGCUAGCGAGGGAGAGGCAACGUCCAAACUUUACUGCGCAGCUUACAAAAUGUCCUUGUACAUUGACCCAAGCGGUCAAUGACGUUGGGCGAUACCUCCCUGAUCCUGAGUGCGAUAAGGAUGGGAGGUUUUCAAAUUGUGGGCUUAACCAGAACGCGAAACAUUGUGUGCAAUUGGCAAUUCCAAGUGAGUCUGGUGCAAGCCAACAAUGCUGUUACGACAUAUUCGGUGAUCUUAUGUUGAGCUAUGACAAUGUUUGGGGUGGGAAACCACGCCGGUCGCAUGCUGCCGGGGCACAACCGUUCAAUGAAAUAUAUAAAGUCCCUACCUUGUCCCAUUAUUUGCACGAUAUCGCUCCAUUUUAUUCUUGUUGCGUUUGGAACUCGGAAACGAGUCCGGGUUGCUAUGCUUUCCGCGAGGAAGUACGAGUUUCCGAAAAUUGUGUGGGCUACGAUCCACCAGGGUUGGCCACAGUUUUUGGUAGCCUUCACUUCUACACUUUUGACGGAGUUGCCUUCACAUUUAAUCCAAAGGGGGAGUUUGUUCUGCUUAAGAGUAACUUGAGCUCGAACCUAUUAGAGAUUCAGGGUCGAUUUGAACAGCUCCCGCCUAGAGAGGAUGGCUCAGCGGUGAAUUCUACGCAACUAACAAUAAUUGCGGUUAGGGAAGGAAACUCCGCCACGGUGGAAGUCCGACUUCGCCCGGUAGAAGCGAGAUGGCGCUACAAGUUGGAUGUUCUGGUAGAUGGGGAAAAAGUGUUUUUUGACAGACAAAAAGUGCAAAACUUUGCUGGUUUGACCGUGCAUACGCCAACCUACGUGCUGAACCAGUCCGUAGUGAUUGUCACGUUCAAAUCCGGCGCUGGGGUGGAAGUUAUUGAAAAUAAGGGUAACACUGCGGCUAGAAUCUACCUACCAACGAGUUUUAAAAACACGACUACUGGUCUGUUCGGAAAAUGGGAUAACGUGUUGCAAGGCGAGUUUCCACUUCCUGACGGGACUGAGGUGGCCACGGAGAUUACUUAUGAUUCAAAACGACUUUACCAUAAUUUUGGGAGAUAUUGGAAAGUUCUGGAGAAUGAGUCACUAUUUUCUUAUCCGCCAAGGAGAUCAAGCUUGGAUUACAGUGAUCCAGACUUUGUCCCAGUUUCAAGUCUUGAAGUCCCCAAAAUCCUCUCUGACCAGGGGGGUCGCCCAAACUUGACGUAUACGAUGGUAGAGGAUUUUUGUGGGCAUUCUUACCAAUGCAAGUUUGACUACGCGAUCACGGGGGAUAGAUGGGCAGCCCAUUUUACGAAGGUGUACCAAUGGGAGUACAAAAAUGUCAGGAAUAACGCACUAAAACCAGUGGUGUCCUGCGGAUGGUUACCGACACCGCGGAAUGGGGACAAGAGCACGUUCCGCUUCACGCCUGGGACAAUGGUGGAGUUUGAGUGUGACCGAGGCUAUUAUCUUUUGGGGGCUACGCGACGGUACUGUUCUUCCACGGGGGAGUGGACUUAUCCGAAAUCUGAGUUUUGGAGAUAUGGUAAUGAGUGGGGGCAUGCAGUCAACUACACGGAGGGAGUGACUAAAUGCGUUAGUGAGUAAAGAAUCGAGGGAAAAUACAAUAAUAUUUUGCAUUUUGAUCAAAUUGAGAAUAAUAAAGUUUCAAGGAUUAAAUCCAGUUCUAUAUUAGAUUUAUUUUGAUUAUGUAAUUAGUCAUAUGUUUAAUUCAUUGGGAAAGACGCAUUAAAAAUCCUAAUAGUGGGAUUUUUGUAAAAAUUAGACUGCGAAAUAAUAAAAAAAAAUUGUUUUUUA